AUGGAGUCGAACCUGGACGAGUUGCGGAACGAGAAGGAUGUGGUUUCUCGUGAACGCCAGGAGAUUGCUCUUGCGCUAGAGAAGGAACGUUCAUCCUCGCACACGAACAGCUCCGAGCUUCAGAAGGAGUCCGACACCCUGCAAACGGAUUGGAGGCCGGCGCGCCAUCCUCAGUCCUCGCUGCAGGAGCACAUGGAGCAGGUCUCCGGCCUGCAGAGCGAGCUCGACGAGCGCGAGAGCGCGCAGCAGGAAGCGCACGAGUUCCUCGAGCACGCGCAGAACGAGAUGGAGGCGCUGCGCGCGGAGCUCUCCGCGAAGGACCAGGAGCUCGAGCAGCUCCGCGUCGCGGCGUCGACGCCGAUAUCCGCGCACCCGAACGCGCUCGACGCGGAGAUGCUCAGCGCGAUCAGGCAGCAGCACGCGCUCGAGCUCUCCGCGGCGCAGUCGCACAUCCGUACGCUCGAGACGUCCGUCUUCGACGUCGAGGCGCACGCGCACGCGCUGCAGCGCCACGUCACCGCGCUGGAGGACCAGCUCGCGCACCUGCGGCCGCCGUCGCGGGCGGCGCAGCGCUCGCCGAUGCCGCCGCGCACGUCCAGCCGGCCCGCCGACUUCUCGGACGAUCUGCGCCGUGCGUCCUUCGCCGCGCACAAGUCCGCGCACCCCGCGCCGACGCCGACCUCCGCGACGUUCGAGGGGCUCUCGCCGGAGGCGCAGCACAAGCGUCGUGUGAGCCUGAGCAUGCUCAAGGCCCGCAUCGAGAGCGAAGUCGCGGCGUCCGCCAAGCUCACUUCUCCGACGGUCAAGACAGCUGGCCUGCCGACGGUCGUCGAGUCAGUGCCCCUCAGGCGAAGGCGACGGUUCCCCAGCACGUCGCCCCGCGCAAGCCGCAGUUCAUGGACGAUUCUCACAUAUUCUGGUGUCACUGUUGCCAGGGCGACUUAG